CAUAUUAUGUUAAUAUUAUUUUUCAAAGAUAUAAUACUGAUGGUGGUAUACUACUACUAUACUGUAUGAGAACAGUCUUUUACCUACUCGUAUACAUGUGAUGUUGUAAUUUGUAAUAUAAGGUAUGUGUUAGGCAUAAUGAAUAAUAAUUAUUGUGAUAUAAAUGAUAUAAUUAAUAAAAAAAAUUUAGUGAUAACUGAGAUUUUGGAAACUGAAGAAUCAUAUGUAAAUCAUUUGAAAGAAAUUGUAGAGGAAUAUUUGGAAUAUUGGAAGCAUAAACAAAUAUUGUCAAAAGAGCAUUGUAAUCAAUUAUUUGGAAAUAUCACGGAAAUUUAUGAAUUUUCAAGAAUAUUUUUAAAUGAAUUAGCAUUGGCUAAUAAUAACGUAACACAAAUUGCUCACUGUUUUUUAAAGAAUCAUCUUAAGUUUAUCAUUUACUCAACAUACUGCAUCAAUUUCCAAAAUUCUGAUGUAAUAAUAUCAAAAAUAAUGCAAAGUCGACUAUCAACCAACAUCAUAUAUCAAAGGCAAAAAGAAUUAGGACAUCGUCUUUCACUUGGAUCUUAUCUAGUACUACCCGUACAGCGUAUUUUAAGAUAUCAUUUAUUACUAAAGAAAUUAGCAGCAUAUACUUCAUAUAACGAAAACGAUCACUCUAUAGUCGUAAAAGCUUAUGACAAAAUGGUUAUUUUAGCUAAAAUUAUUGAUGAGACGAAAAAUAAAUAUGAAAAAGAAGGCCGUAUUAAGGAUAUACGAUUAAUGAUGAAACAUAUUUUGAAGGAUAAAACAAAUGUCGAUCUAUAUAACAAUUGUUUUGAAUUACACGCUGAAGGCGAUUUAAUGAUCACGGGAACGAAGAAGAAACUACAUGUGAUUAUAUUGAACAAUAUGUUAUUGAUUGUCAAAGAACAAAAAUGUGGACUGUUGGAAUACAAAACUCACAUAAAGAGUCGGAACAUAACUGUGAUUGAACAUGUGAAAGAAAAUCCACUAAGUUUUCGUUUAGUAUCUAACGCGGGAUCCAAACAUUCGUUUACAUUGCAAGAAUGAUGAUUUAUAGCUCGUUCUUUGCACAGUCGUCCGUCUCUAUAAAGACAUUUAAUUGUUUUUACGAGUAAUACAUAGGUAGUAUGGCAUUAUAUAAUACUAGAGUUUUUUAAAUCUCACGCAUAUCCGUUUACGGACGAAGUUUGCAGAUAAAGUGAACCUUGGAAAAUCUAAGUAGACCGAACCAAUGGUUGCAGAGCUUGAAAAAAAAAGUAUCGAGGGCCAAGUAAUAACGAGUGUUGUAUACCAAUCGGGACGUGAUGGAUUUACAGAUACCAAACAAUGAGUCAUAAUAUUAUACGUAUUAGUAUAGAGUUCUAA